UAAAUUUCUAAAGUAUCCGUUUCAAUUUACUGUUAAUUUAUUUAAUCCUCAAAAGCUAAAGAGAAAAAUGUCAUCGUCGUCGGCUCGCCGGCAAAGAGACUUAAUCGCCGGCAAACAGAGACCUGCAAAAAACCUGAACCCAAUCUCCGACUCCACUCCGACCCUCAAAAAAACAUCUUCCGGAAAAGAAAACCCACGACCCAGCAGUCUUUCUCGGGCUUCCGUGGUGACCCAGAAGCCCAAAAUCCGGCCUGUCCCACGCGUCGAGAAGGCGGCGGCGGUUGGUGGCUCCGACAGUGAAGGCCAGGUGCGGUGGUCCACUUCAUCGGCGCCAAGAGGUAGGAGUCAGAGCCCAUCUGAAUUUGUUAGGGUCUUUUCUGAUUUGAAAAAAGAUAGGGUUUCAAUCGAUAGGGAAAAGAAGGGUUUUAGGGAUUCAACAGGUAGAGGUAACAAAGAAAAUGGUGGGUUUAGGGAGAGUUUGGUGAUGAAAGUGAAGGAAAAUGAGGGGAAAGUAAAAGGGGUUAGGGUUUCAGAUGGGAAUUGUAAAAAAGAUGCUAAAUUUAGCUCUGAUUUGGGAAAACCAAAUGGUGAUAACAUCCAAAACGAGGGUUUUGGGGCUUUUAAUGAAAAGGGUAUUUCAGAUUUUGAUUCAGAACUUGGAGCUUGUAUUAGGGUUGAUGAGAAAUGUGACGCAAAGUUUCUAAAAGAGAAGUCUUUAAGUGAUGGAAAGAGCUUGGUGAUUUCAAAAGAGAAGGACUUGAGUGUGCAAGAGAGUGAAGGGAGUGGGGCUGCCAUUAAAUAUCCAAGCAAACUUCAUGAAAAGCUUGCUUUUCUAGAAGGGAAGGUGAAGAGGAUUGCUUCAGAUAUUAAGAGGACUAAAGAGAUACUUGAUAUGAACAAUCCUGAUGCCUCAAAGGUGAUCCUUUCAGAUAUUCAGGACAAGAUUUCUGGUAUCGAGAAGGCUAUGGGUAAUGUUGUGAGUGAUUCAAAUUGUAAAUCGAGCAGUUCGAAAGGUUCUGGAGAUGAAGAAGUGAGUACUAAAGAAGCUGAUGGCAGUCAGAGUAGGCGGGUGGUGGGUAAUGUUAAGAUUUCUGUUAAAGAUUUGAAUAGUGAAGAGUUGGAAGCUAGAUUGUUUCCUCAUCACAAAUUGCUUAGAAACCGCACAUCAUUGAAGGAACCAUCAGGGAGCUCUCAAAGUCACGAACCCUCUGAUGCCAUAGAAUCUGGUUGUAAAAUAAGGGAUGAAAAGAAGUUAUUGAGUUCCAUUGAGGAUAAUCCAAUAGCUUUGGAGUUCUUGGCUUCACUUGAUAAGCAAAGUCAAGUCACCACAAGGAAUGAGCUGGCUACUAUGGAGAAUUCUGAUACUCAAGAUAUGGAUGGUGGUGGUGGUUCAGGUGCACAAGGGCCUUCGAAAAACUUAUUUGUGAAGCAUGGUGUCGAGUUCAAUCUUGAAUCAGAUGAGAUACUUGAGGACUUUGAUGACCAGGAGAACAGGCCAACUGCUGUUAUUGAUGAGGAGUCUGAAGAUCCUAGCAUUUAUCCGCUCAAUGAAAUUGGCCCUAAGAUGUCAACUGGAGGAUGGUUUGUGUCAGAAGGAGAGGCAGCUCUUCUUGCUCAUGAUGAUGGAUCAUGUUCCUUUUAUGACAUUACUAAUUGUGAGGAGAAGGCUAUCUACAAGCCUCCAGUAGGUAUCUCACCUAAUAUAUGGAGGGAUUGUUGGAUUAUUCGUGCUCCCAGUGCAGAUGGUUGUUCUGGGAGAUAUGUUGUGGCUGCAUCCGCUGGCAAUUCCUUAGAAUCAGGAUUCUGCUCAUGGGAUUUCUAUAGCAAAGAGGUGCGAGCUUUCCACACCGAGCACAGGGAAAUGGCUUCAAGAACGGUACUUGGUCCCUUACCAAACAAUGCUUUGUAUAGAAGAAAUGCUUUGUGUAAUAGUUUGUCACCUGAAACUCAGCAGUGGUGGUAUAAACCAUUGGGCCCUCUUAUGGUCGCUACCGCCAGCACUCAGAAAGUUGUCAAAGUAUAUGACAUCCGUGAUGGUGAAGAAAUUAUGAAGUGGGAGGUCCAGAAGCCUGUAUUGACAAUGGAUUAUUCAAGUCCACUGCAGUGGAGAAACCGAGGGAAGGUAGUGGUAGCCGAAGCAGAAAUGAUAUCUGUCUGGGAUGUGAACUCUUUACAUCCUCAGACAGUACUAUCAGUCUCUUCAUCUGGUCGAAAAAUCUCUGCUCUUCAUGUAAAUAACACUGAUGCUGAGAUAGGUGGAGGGGUUAGGCAAAGAGUAAGUUCAUCAGAGGCUGAAGGAAAUGAUGGUGUAUUCUGCACUGCAGAUUCUAUUAAUAUCUUGGAUUUUCGCCAUCCAUCUGGUAUAGGUGCGAAAAUAGCAAAAGUUGGUGUUAAUGUGCAUUCUGUUUUCUCCCGUGGGGAUAUGGUCUUUCUUGGAUGCACAAAUGUAAAGCCAUCAGGGAAAAAACAGCCUUGUUCUCAAGUGCAACAAUUCUCGUUGCGCAAACAAAGGCUCUUCACUACUUAUUCUUUGCCUGAAUCUAAUGCUCAUUCCCAUUAUUCAGCCAUACCACAGGUUUGGGGAAAUUCGAACCUUGUCAUGGGUGUUUGUGGGCUGGGGCUUUUUGUAUUUGAUGCCUUGAAGGAUGACGGGCUUCAGCCUUUCAUAUAUGAUCAAGGAAGUGCUCAAAAUGUACGAGAGAUUGUUGGACCAGAUGACAUGUAUUCCCCUUCUUUUGACUACUUGGCAUCUCGUGUUCUCUUGAUAUCCAGAGAUCGCCCAGCACUAUGGAGGCACUUGUCAUAGGUAUGUAUGAUAGAUGUUGAAAAAAUGUCUAAAUUCUAGGAGUUUAUGUUUGGCUUCUCAUGGCAUGCUAUGUAGAACAUAUAAUGCUUAUGUUAUUUAUUGAUUGCAUAUAUGUGUGAUAAGAACACCAGUUGAGUGCAGCAUCAUGCUGACUCUCUAUGUUCUAGUGUCUUUUUGGAAGAGUGAAGAAUAUUUUAUGGUUUUGGUUUUUUCCAAUGUUGAUAA